AAGAAUCUAUUCUGCUUAGGCCUUUACAGUUGUGUACAGGUUAUGUUAUUUAUAUCGAUAGUUCGAUUAAUUUUCGAAUGCGAUAGUAUCGAAAAAAACGUUCGAUAGCUGUCAACAAAACAAUGACUACUUCUCAAGAAAAAUUAGAAAAUUGCGAAGUAUGCGGAAAGGAGACGGCAAAAUACACGUGUCCAAAAUGUGAGGUUAGAACUUGCAGUCUCACGUGUUCGAAUAUUCACAAAAAAGAACUUAAUUGUGAUGGAAUUCGUGAUAAAACGAAAUUUUUACCAAUUAAAUCAAUAACAGAAUUAGAUUUAGCGAGUGACUAUUGUUUACUUCAAGAAGUUGGCAGAUGUGUUGAUAAAUAUGAUCGAGAUCCUCUUAAACGUACGGGUGUAAAUAAUUUUCUUCCUAUGUUUCUUCGUAAAUUAAAAUAUGCUGCUUUUAAAAGAGGAGUGACAUUAGAUUUUUUACCACGUAGUUUUAGUCGAAACAAAGAGAAUACAACACGAUUUUUAUGGAAUAAAAAUGAAUUACUUUGGCGAAUUGAUUGGAUUUUUCCGCAAGCAGAAAAUGUCAAAUGGUCUACGGAAAAAGCUUCCGAAAAAGCAAGAUUAUCCGUUUUAAUAGAAAAUAUUCUGGAACCGGAAAUAAAAGCAAAUGAAAAUCCAGAAAUUUGUAAUUUAAAAUCAAUUUUAAGAAAUAAAUUACAAUUCUAUCGAUCUACUGGUUUAAAUGGAAUUAAAGUUCUUAUGAAAGCAGAAAAAGUUCAAAAUUCAAGUUCAAGAUUUUAUGAAUUGGAUUUAAAUUUAACGUUGGCGGAAAAUUUGGAACAAAAAUCAGUCAUUGAAUUUCCAACAUUUUACGUUAUUUUAAAAAGUCAUUCGGAUAUGUACGAAAUGAUUGAUUCUGAUGACGAAAAUGAAAAUUGCGAAAAGAAAAAUUUCCGACACAAGCAAAAAUUUCAGGGAAAUCAUAAAAAUUCUCCAGCAAAUAAAAAUGUUGAAAAUUCUAACGAAAAAAUAGAAUCAGAAUCAAUAAAUUUUCUCUUUCAUACCGAAUUCACUGAUUCUGAGGACGAGAAAGCAAAAUUGGCAAAGGAGAAACAAACAAAAUUAAACGAGAGAAAGAGAAAAUUUCAAAAAUAUCAAAAAGAAAAAAUAGUACCAAAAAAAGUUAUAAAAACACGAGAUUCAGUGAAAGAAUUCACGGGAAUUUGUAUGUCCGAUUCGGAAGACGAUAUUACACAAAAUAAAAAUCUUCAAAUUAAUUCACAAGAAAUUAAUUCUUCGCCUACAAUUGAUAAUAAUUCAAUAGAAGGUGAAAAAUUUGCCAAUGAAAUUUCUCACAUUACCGACUCAGAAGAUGAAGGUCCUGAGGAAAAACCAAUUCAAAGACGUUUUUCAAUUAAAAAUGAAGACGAAUUAAAAAAAGAAGAAAAUAUAAAAGAGAAAAAUAAUUUAGAGAAAGAAAAAUCUGCAAUUCAAAAUAUAGCAAUGAAUUAUUUUAGUGCCUAUAUGUCUGAUUCGGAAGAAGAAACAAUUUCUGAAAAUCAGGAAACUUCCAAUAAUUCAAAAUUACAAAUUCCCGAUUAUAACGUAUUAGUUAAAAUGAAUAAUUAAAAUUAAUUAUAAAUUUAAUUAAAUAUAUUUUUUAUAAAGUAAAACUUCAGUUUGUGAUAUAUUAAUUAAUUUCUUUUCUUUUUUUAUUAUUGUAAAUAUUUCCAUAAUGAAUGCACUAAUACAGAUAUACACAUAAAAAUAACAUAAUACAAAUCUUUUCUACCCCGUAAUAUUCUAAAAAAAAAAAAAAUUGUUCAGACAUUUAUAUAGAUUUGCAUCCAACAAUCCCUACAAUCACAUAACAUAUUUUAAUUAAUUAUUAAUACUAUAAAUUACCAAGAUUAUUUAAUUUAAUAAAUUGAAAAAAUAGUCGUAACUUUUUUCUUCAACUUUUAUCGGAUGAUUAUUAAAAUUAAGAAAAAGACAAUUAUUUCGAAUAAGUGAAAUAAAAUGUUUUGAAUUUCAAACUGAUAAUUUCAGAUUAAAAUUCUUUUUAGUGAAAAAAGGUUUAAAUUUCUAUUCUAAAAUUCAAUAAACGGAUGAUUUGUUUUUUUUUGUUGCAAAAAUGGCAUAAUUAUUACUAAAUUUACAGUCUCAGUUGUACUUAAAUAAGAACAAAAGAGAAGGGGAUAAAAUUCAUCGAAAGAACUUUUAAAGAUAAAUUUACAAAUUUUUUUUUUUCUCUUUCUAAUAAUGAAAAUUUGUCUUUUUUCUCCGGCUUUUUUUGACGCUCUCAAAAUGUGUAUAAUGAAUACACAAUUUGAUCUUUUUUUUUUUAACG